AUGUAUAGAGUGAGUAAUUAUACCAAGAAUGCAGGAUUGUUAACAUCCAGGAAGGAUAUGGGGGAUAUCUAUGAUCAUUUCAAGAAAAAAUCAUUCAGCCUCACUUCUGUGAGUCCUAAAUAAGGCAUAUAAUCCAAUAGGACAAACUAUCGAUAAAAAGGGGUCUUUGCCUUCUUUGAAUAGGAACAAAAACACAGUGUUUGAUACAGUUUCAAACAGGAGAAAUACUCCUCUGAGGGCUUUGAAUUCCUAUAAUCUAACCUCCAGAUUCACUCAAUCUUACAGCCAAUGAGGGAUGUUCGAGGAUACUUCGAUGAGCGCUGCUAGCUUGGCUAGGAAAUAAAGGUAUUCAGAAGUCUAAAUUCUUGACAAAUAUAUGUAAAUCUCUAAAAAGAAAAACCAAGCCGAUGAAUGGAACUUCAUUAGCUGCUAAUUCCUCCAAGAACAGUUUAUUCUUGGAGAAGCUUCAGAAAUCUAAACAUAUUGAAAAACUCUCAAAGGAAUUUCCUGGAGUCACGGCAAAGAAGAACUGGGUCUUUCUGCCUGACAUUAUUAUAAAGGAGAAGUUUAUUAAAGCUUCAAACAAAAUUUUACAGGAGAAAGCAGCAAGGAGGAUACAGUCUACCUGGAGGGUCUAUCUGUUGAGAAAAGCCUUUUCAGUUCACAUGAAGAAGCUGCAGAAUACAGCUCAUAUCUUGCAGAAGUACUUCAAGAGAUGGAAAUAAGAGAAAGCAAAAGCUCAAUCGAUAUCUCAAAGCAGUUGUCAGGAUCCAGAGUUGGUGGAGAGGACAGCUUAUCCGUCGUCAGACGAUAAGCUGGUGUUACUCCAAGAUUUACUCCCGCCUGGAUACCUUUAAAGAAAUGCGAGAUAAAUACCUCAAGCAAGAGAUCGAAUAUUACUGCAACUUAUGGAAACAGAAGGCUAAAAAUAACAAGGUAGAGAGAAAAUUACACGCUAGGAAGGCUUUUGUCUAUUAUGCAAUCACUGUUUAUGAGAAAUUAAGGAAGAAAAGAUCCCGUCAGAAGCAUAUUGUCAAAAGCAAGGAGACCAAGCCCAAAGCUAGGAAGUCCAUCAUCAAAGGUCCUCAGAAAGGUCUCGGAAAGCUCAAGAGGAGUAAUCUGAAUGUGAAUAAAUUCAAAUCUGCUGUUAAAAAUACGAUAAAAAAUAAAAAUCAAGCCAAAAAGAUUCCUAAAGCAGAUGGGAACAAGCUGGAUGUCUCUCAGGAUGAUCGCCCAACCUCAUUGGUUAAAUCAAAGACCUUCCAGAAGGGAGUCAUGAAUAAGGUCAUCACUAAGAUGCUGAAUAAAGCCAAAAUAAAUGUUGUUACCAAAAGCGGCUUCAAGGAUAAGAAGACUCAGCUUGAAAACAAUAUGACCAAAUCUCCCAGGAAGGGAUCCCAUCAGAUUACGGAAGUUAUCCAUGAAGAAGAGAAUAAGGGCCAAGAGAGAGACCUCAACUCUGCAUCAGACUCAAAUGGGGUGUUGUCUCCUGAGAUUAGGGUUACUUCUCCACCUCAGGAUAAUAUUGUGAAAGUAUUUAGCAGCACUUUAUCGUCAAGUAAAAAUCAGAAAGAAGAAGAGUCUGUUUCAAUAGCUACGACUGAAGAAAAUCUUGAUGAUCUAGCUAGAAAUGAUUCAGAUUAAAUUUUCAAUUA